CAGCCUGGGCGACAGAGCAAGACUCCGUCUCAAAAAAAAAAAAAAAGGCAAAGAACCCUUGUGUACUGUUGGUGGGAUUGUAAAUUGGUACAGCCAUAUGUAAAACAGUAUACAGGUUCCUCAAAAAAUUCAAAAUAGAACUAUCAUAUGAUCCAGCAGUCCCACUUCUGGAUAGAUAGCCAAAAGAAUUGAAAACAAGGUCUGUCUCUAAGAGACAUUUGCACACCCAUGUUCAUAUCAGCAUUAUUUACAAUAGCCAAGAAGUGGAAACAACCAAAAUGUCCAAUGACAGAUGAAUGGUUAAACAAAAUGUAGUAUAUACGUGCAACAGAGUAUUAUUCAUCUUAAAAGAGAAGGAAAUCCUGUCACAUGCUAUAACAUGGAUGAACUUUGAUAACAUUAUGUUAAAUGACAUAAGCCAGUCACAAAAAGACAACUACUGUUUGAUUCCAUUUAUAUGAGAUACUUAGUCAAAAUCAUAGAAACAGAAAGUAGAAUGAUUACCAAAAGUUGUGGGUAGGGGGAAAGGAGUUGUUUAAUGAGUAUGAAGUUCCCGUUUUGCAAGAUGAAAAAGUUCUGGAGAUCUAUUUUACAACAAUGUUAAUAUAUUUAACAUUACUGAAGUGUACACUUCAAAACGGUUUAGAUGAUACAUUUUGUGUUAUGUAUUUUUUAACCACAAUUAAAAAUGCAUUAAAUUUUUUUUUUAAAUGAGACAAGGUGUCAUUAUGUUUGCCCAGGCUGAUCUCAAACUCCUGGCCUCAGGAGAUCCUCCCAUCUCAGCGUCCUAAAGCGUUUGGAUUACCAGUGUCAGCCACUGCGUUUGGCCACCCUAAAAUAUUUUUAAAAGGAAAAACAAACAAAAAAACCUAGCCCAUAGUUUUAGACUUUCUCUUCGCCUCACAUUAAUUUACUCCCACUACUUCAAUAAAAAUAAUUAGGGCGAAAAAAACAGGGGGAGCUAAGAGCUUGUACAGACAUUUCUCUAAAGAAGAUAUACAAAUGGCCAACAAACACAUUAAAACAUGCUCAACAUCAUUAGUCAUUAGGGAAAUGCAAAUCAAAACCACAAUGAGUCUCAGCUACUCCAGAAGCUGAGACAGGAGGAUGCUGGAGGCCAAGAGUUCCAGACCAACAGGAUCUCGCUUUGAGCAACAAAGCAAGACCCUGUCCCUACAAUAAAUUUUUAAAAAAUUAAAAAAAUAACAAGUGUUGGCCAUGAUUUUGAUAAAGUGCGGUCCUCAUACAUUGCUGGUGGGAAUGUAAAAUGGUUCAGCUGCUGUGGAAUACAGUUUCAGUUUCUCCCUGAGUUGAGAAUAGAAUUACUAUAUGAUCCAGCAAUUUCACUCUUAGGUAUAUACCUAAACUAAUUUAAAACAAGUACUCAAACGUAGAAGAACUAUUUACAAUAGUUAAAAGGCAGAAACAACCCAAAUGUCUAUUAUGGAUGAAUGGAUAAACAAACUGCAGUCUAUAUCUACACUAGAAUAUUGAGCCGUAAAAGGAGUGAAGUACUGAUACAUGCUACGACUCAAAAGAUUAGAAGACAGACACAAAAGGUCAAUAUUGUAUGAUUCCAUUUUUAUGAAAUAGGUACAUCAACUGAGACAGAACACAGAUUGGUGGUUGCCAGGACCUGGUGGAAAUGGGGAAGGGGGAGCAACUGCUUAACAGGGUACAGGGUUUUCUUUUAGGAUGAUGAAAAUAUUUUGGAACUAUAUCGAUAGAGAUGGUGGUUGUACAGCAUUGUGAGUGUACUAAAUGCCACUGAAUUGUUCACUUUAAAAUGACUGGUUCUGUCAAUUUCACCUCAACAAAAAAAUUACAUACAGUACUCAGAUUUUAAAAAGCAUCAUUUCACCAAGAUUCCAUGAAUUAAUGCGAGAUGAUCAAAGAGGAUUCAGUAGAAUCGUUCAACUUCGGUCGUAAAACAGUCCUAAACUCAAACCUCCGUGACACUAAAGUGGGAAGAUGGUAUGUGAUAAUUUUAGAAAGUAAAAAUUAUUGUUUACUUGGUCUCGAACUCGAACUUUUUUUUUUUGAGGCGGAGUCUCUCUGUCGCCUGGGCUGCAGUGCAGUGGUACGAUCUGGGCUCACUGCAACCUCUGUCUCUCGGGCUCAAGCGAUUGUCGUGUCUCAGCCUCCCUAGUAACUGGGACUACAGUCGCCCCCCACCACGCCUGGCUAAUUUAUCUGUUUUUAUUAGAGACGGAGUUUCGCCAUGUUGGCCAGGCUGGUCUCGAACUCCUGACCUAAGAUGAUCCGCCCGCCUCGGCCUCCCAAAGUGCGGGGAUUACAAGCGUGAGCCACCGCGCCCGGCCUUGCCCUCCUAUUUUGGUACCGUCAGAUGCAAAGUGUCCGGGACAGAAGUGGGGCUCCACUGGCGCCCAGCUGCAAAAUCCAGGCAACGUGGAAACGACCAGACAGGGAACGGGCUAGCCCUCAGAAUUACACGCGGGCUCGCCUUACCAGACGACCACUACUGGCACCACCUUACACCCACACCCAACCGACUUCACCUCCCAGGCCCUGAUUAAUCUCGACCCCGGAAGUGCCGCCCACCCAUGCUCACUUCCGCUACCCGGUACUUCUGCUCAUCUCGCGAGAACUGAAAGCGCCUAUGUGACCUGCGCUAAGCGGAAGUUGGUCCUCUUUUUCGUGGCGCCUCGGAGGCGUUCAGCUGCUUCAAGAUGAAGCUGAACAUCUCCUUCCCAGCCACUGGCUGCCAGAAACUCAUUGAAGUGGACGAUGAACGCAAACUUCGUACUUUUUAUGAGAAGCGUAUGGCCACAGAAGUUGCUGCUGACGCUCUGGGUGAAGAAUGGAAGGGUUAUGUGGUCCGAAUCAGUGGUGGAAACGACAAACAAGGUUUCCCCAUGAAGCAGGGUGUCUUGACCCAUGGCCGUGUCCGCCUGCUACUGAGUAAGGGGCAUUCCUGUUACAGACCAAGGAGAACCGGAGAAAGAAAGAGAAAAUCAGUUCGUGGUUGCAUUGUAGAUGCAAAUCUGAGCGUUCUCAACUUGGUUAUUGUAAAAAAAGGAGAGAAGGAUAUUCCUGGACUGACUGAUACUACAGUGCCUCGCCGCCUGGGCCCCAAAAGAGCUAGCAGAAUCCGCAAACUUUUCAAUCUCUCUAAAGAAGAUGAUGUCCGCCAGUAUGUUGUAAGAAAGCCCUUAAAUAAAGAAGGUAAGAAACCUAGGACCAAAGCACCCAAGAUUCAGCGUCUUGUUACUCCACGUGUCCUGCAGCACAAACGGCGGCGUAUUGCUCUGAAGAAGCAGCGUACUAAGAAAAAUAAGGAAGAGGCUGCAGAAUAUGCUAAACUUUUGGCCAAGAGAAUGAAGGAGGCUAAGGAGAAGCGCCAGGAACAAAUUGCGAAGAGACGCAGACUUUCCUCUCUGCGAGCUUCUACUUCUAAGUCUGAAUCCAGUCAGAAAUAAGAUUUUUUGAGUAACAAAUAAAUAAGAUCAGACUCGGA